AUGAAGGUGGCGGUGGAGGUGGUGGACGCGCGGGACCUCCUAUCGAAGGACGGCCACGGCACGGCGAGCCCCUACGUCGAGGUGGAGCUCGACGGGCAGCGGCGCCGCACGCAGACGAAGCGCGACGACCUCAACCCCACGUGGAACGAGACGCUUUUCUUCGACGUCUCCGACCCCCUCGACCUCCCCAGCCGCACCAUCCACGUCUCAGUCCUCCACCACCGCCUCUCUGGCUCGUCCGUUGCGCCAUCGAAGGCCGAUGCAGCUAUCCAGCGCUGCCCCCUCGACCGCCGCCCCGGCCUAUCCUUCUCCCGCGUCCGCGGCGAUAUCGCUCUCCGCCUCUACGCCGUCUCGAAUGAUCGCCACCCUCCCCCUCUCCGUCGCUCCCGCGCUGUCGAUUUCUCCACCGCUUACUCGUCGGCUCCGUCGACGGCUCCCCCUCGCUCUCGCGCCACCGACUUCUCCACCGCAUACACGUCGGCUCCGUCAACGGCUCCAACAGAGAACGAGGAGAAGGAAGAGAAGAAGAAGAGGAGGAGGAGCACCACGAGAACCUUCCACUCCAUCGGGAGCCAAUUUGGCGAUCCUGCCGGGCCGAUGCCGUUCGACAACCGAGACACUACUCCUCCAGCAGUAGGUGCAGAGGGACCAGCAAUAGGCAUUCGUCCUCCGGCGGAGACACGGCCAACCCCGACCGCCGCCCCAACCGGCACCACGAAGAAAGGUGGCGGCGACGAUAAGAUCACCGCCACGUACGAUCUGGUGGAGCCGACGACCUUCCUGUACGUGAACGUCGUGAAAGCGCGGGACCUCCCCGCCAUGGACAUAACGGGAGGGGUCGACCCCUACGUCGAGGUGCGCGUGGGCAACUACCGCAACGCGACGAAGCCUCUGCAGGGGAACCAGAGCCCGGAGUGGCACCAGGUGUUCGCAUUCGCCAACGACCACAUUCAAUCCGAUGACGUCGAACUCACGGUCAAGGACGAGAACGUCGUGAGGGACGGGUUCGUGGGGAGAGUCUGCGUCUUGCUCGCCGAGGUGCCGCGGCGCACGCCUCCCGGGAGCCCGCUGGCGCCGCAGUGGUACAGGCUCAAGGACAAGCAGGGGUACUACACGCGCGGCGAGAUCAUGAUGGCCGUGUGGAAGGGGACCCAGGCCGACGAGGCCUACCCGGAGGCGUCGCACUCCGACACCCACGGGUUGCCCUUCCAGGCCCUCGUCCACACCCACUGCAAAAUGUACUACCUCCCGCGGCUGUGCUACCUCCGGCUGGACAUCAUCUCGGCGCAGGACCUGGUCACAUCGGAGCCGACGAGGUUGCACCCGGACCUGUUCGUCCGGGCCCAGCUGGGCAACCAGCACGACCAGACCCGCAUCUCCCCGUCGCGCUCCGUCAGCCCCACGUGGAACCACCGCACCCUCUUCGUCGCGACAUUGCCAUCAAAGCCGACCACCGCCAAUCCCCCCCUCCUCGAUGGUUCAGCCUCUCCGACCCCUCCGAUGGCGGCGGCGCCUCCACCUCUAGGUUCCGUUGAAUUGAAUAUAUACGCAAAAUGA